AAACAGUUGGCUUCACAGAAUUCUAUGACUUGUUUUCCUGCCUCAUUUUUAACUCUGUGGGAACAGCCUUGAUUUCCCUGUUGGUGAAAGUAGGCUUCCCACCUCCCCAAGAAUAGGGGCAAGAUUCUUGGCCUGCAGUUCACCUAUGGACUGGGACAGUGAUAUGACGAUGCCUUAGAUGCCAUGUACACGUGUGGACAUGGAGGGCUGGAGAUUUAAGGAGGAAGGAGAGGAUUGUUCCGCAGACACCAUUGACUGGGAAGCAUUUGAGGUCCAGGAGGUACCAGCACUGCCACAGCACUUGACAGCCAGUUGGGAGCUGAUCCAUCCCCAGGACCCUGACACUGGGCAUUGGGAGGAAUUCUUUGCAUGCCCAGAGGAGGGAGCCUGUGAUGAGGCCAGAAGGUCAGCACCAACUCUUUCUCAAGGUGCCGGGGGUGCAUCCAGUCCAGGAACAGGAGGGGCUCCUCCCCAAACCAACGUGACCAGCAACCGGAGACUGCAGCAGACACAAGCUCAAGUGAAUGAGGUAGUGGACAUAAUGCGAGUCAAUGUGGAUAAAGUACUCGAAAGAGAUCAGAAACUUUCAGAGCUUGAUAACCGAGCAGAUGCUUUGCAAGCUGGUGCCUCACAGUUUGAAACCAGUGCGGCUAAACUGAAGAGGAAAUACUGGUGGAAAAACUGUAAGAUGAUGAUCAUCCUGGGUGUAGUAUGUGCAGUCAUUCUUAUCAUAAUUAUAAUUUAUUUCUCCACCUGAAAAAAAAAAUCAUGGCCCAUAACUUGGCAUGUCUGUUCACACUGGCCUGUUUUCUGAUACACCCUCCAAUGAAACCUGCUUUCUAAUUCCUUGUGUCUUGGGGCUUUUAGCCUGCAACAAUAUGUAAGAAUUCAAUGUAGUGUGUUUUUGUUUUUUGAGUAUUAUAUGGUUCCUAUAAGAAACUGUGCCAGCUGAAUACUGCCAACUAGUUCCACACAUUGGUCUCUUACUGUGCUAAAAUGUGCCCAUGCUGACCUUUAGAAAUUGCCAUUCUUAAAAACCAUUAUAUUUUCUUUCUGACUUAAAUAAGAACAGUCACAGAGCUUGUACAUAAAGGCACCUUGUCAAAUCAACUCAAAGUGAAAAGGGAUGACAUGCUGGGACCAUCAUUUUCAAAAUUAGGGGGCUGUUAGACCACAGGGUCAAUCAGGAUUGGUGAAAGCUGAUCUUCAUUAAUGUUGAGUAUCUCUACAGAUGGGAAAUUUCAGACCCCAGCCAACAAUGGCUACCAGCCAUGCUGUCUAGAGUAUUCUGGAAGUUUUAUUCCAAAAAAAGAGUAAUGUUUCCUAUGGUAUUAUGGCAUCCAUUACGUAUGCUUCAGAUUCCACUCGGCACUUUAUAAGCAAGUCUACUUUGAUUGUUUCUUAAUCUAAAAUGAUGUUGUGAGCCAUCAUUACUUAUGUACCUUGCGAAAGGAUGUGAUUUUCUACUAGCUGUAUUUCUUUUCUUUCUUUUACUUGCUCCAAUUCUAAUAGCAGAUACUGCCUGAGAAGUAUUUAUUAUUAAUAUUUACACAUGUAGGAGACAUUAAAUAUAUAUAUAGACAUUAAAUAUAUAAUUGUAACCCCCUUUGUUUCUUGUGGGGUUGAUGUGCAACAUGUUACCAGUUAAUGAAAUAUCAUAAUACAUAUUCUACUAAUUUCUCAUAUGUAUUCCCCUCCUUUUCCUCCAAUAACCCAGGAUGUUGUGAUCUAAUUUUAUCCUCACAACAAUCCUGUAAAGUUGAAAGAGAACCACUGACCUAAAAUUGUUUAGCUUUGUGACAACUGAGCAAGGCCUGAACUGGGUUUUGAUCAUCCACAUCCAGGCCAGAUCUAAAGUGCACAUGUGGCAUCCUUGGGCAGCUUCUAGGGCCACAGUGCCCAGACAAGGCUCACCAUUAGUGCCUACUCUACUCCCCCUUUAAAAAAAAACACAUGGGACUGCAAUCAGUGCAUGGUGGCUUGGCUUGGAAACUACUUACUGCAUUGUCCAUAAUGGCCUGGAAUGGCUGACCACUGCUUGGAAAUUUUAAUUUUUUAGAGUACAGCUCCUAGAUUAUGAUGCUGGAAUAGGUAGGUUUUCCAGGUUCCGGGGCUGACAAAUAUAAGUUGUCCAAGCAAAGAAAACUUCACUGAAAAUCACCUUUCCUCAGAACUGGAGCCAGUCCUAUUUAACACUAUGUAAUCCCUGGAUAGGAUAACAGUGCUACUUCAGAUGUUAGCUUCCAAUGUCCAUCAGCUUCAGCCAACGUGUUCUGGUCUAGCAACAUCUCGAGAGUCACACAUCCCCAAUGUAAACAGGGAAAAGCUGUGGUUUUAUAUCCUGCUUGAUUCUUUGUUCAGAAUCCCAAGUAGAGUAGACUCAUUAAAUCAAUGAUAUAUAAAUAAAUGUAAAAACCACAAAAUCAUAGAAUAAUAGAACUGGAAGGUGCCUAUAAGGUAGUAGUUCCCUAUGGUUUUUGAGUCGUGAUUAGAGAUGGGGGUAUUUGUUUAUGAAUACGAAUAUCCCUAUGGAGCUCCGGUUAACGAGGGUCCACC